AUGCGAAAUCCAUUCGGAUUGGACUUUGAGGAUGUCGAUCGAGACUCCGAACCCGCCCAGGAGUUCGAGGCCCCCGAACAGCACGUCCAUCAGCAUCAUGAGCAACAGCAGCGACAACUCGGCCUCGAUUUCCGCCCAAAGCAGGUAGAUGAUGGGGAUCGUUCUCUGCUGCAGAACGAGGACAAUAUACCCGGCGACUUGAAGCAUCGUUUUAUUGGCACCAUUGAUCAGGGCACGACGAGUACUCGAUUCAUUAUCUUCGACAGCACAGGUGUCCCGAUCGCCCAGUACCAAAUAGAAUUCCGUCAAAUUCACGAGCAUCCAGGAUGGCACGAACACGACCCUAAUGAAUUAGCCGAGUCGGUCUAUAUCUGUAUCGAGGAAGCCAUGAAGACUUUCCAUGCCCUCGGCUACUCCACAACCGACAUCGAAACCAUUGGCAUUACCAACCAACGGGAAACAGUGUUGGUCUGGGACUGGGAGACAGGCGAGCCUCUGCACAAUGCAAUCACCUGGACCGACACCCGUACCGCCAAUUUGGUCCGCGAGCUCAAGGAAAAUCCCGGUGCUAAUGAGCUCGUCAACAUAUGCGGAUUGCCUCUUUCCACAAAUCCUUCCUCGGUCACGCUACGAUGGAUGCUUGAUCACCUUCCCAUUGUUAGAUCAGCCUACGAUGACGGCCGGGCCGCAUUUGGUACCGUUGAUACCUGGCUCAUUUAUAACCUGAACGGUGGCCUCAAAAGCAAGCGUUUGGUCACCGAUGUGACCAAUGCCUCGCGGACCAUGUUUAUGAACCUCGAAACGCUCCAAUAUGACGAUCGGCUUUUAAAGUUUUUCGACAUCGACCGGAACAAAAUUCGUCUCCCGGAAAUUUUUCCAUCGGCCGAUCCAGAGGGUUUCGGUGAAGUCGCUGAUGGACCGUUGGAGGGUGUUCGCAUUACCAGCUGUCUGGGUGACCAGGCUUCAGCCUUGGUCGGCCACUGCGCCUUCACCCCUGGAAUGGCUAAGAACACAUAUGGCACUGGAUGCUUCCUCCUCUACAACGUGGGCGAUAAGCCUGUAAUUUCAAAACACGGUCUGCUGGGCUCCGUGGGCUUCCAAUUGGGUCGGGAUCGCAAGCCGGUUUAUGUCUUGGAAGGCAGUGUGGCCGUGGCUGGCAGUGGUGUCUCCUUCCUAAUGAACAAUUUGGGGUUUUUCCGCGAUUCGCGCAAGGUUAGCGAUUUGGCUGCCAGUGUACCUGAUAAUGGAGGCUGCGUUUUUGUGACUGCGUUCAGUGGUCUGUUCGCUCCAUACUGGAUCGACGAUGCCCAAGGCACUAUCUGGGGAAUUACCGCCCACACACAAAAAGGGCACAUUGCCCGCGCGACCAUGGAAGCGGCUUGCUUCCAAACAAAAGCCAUCCUCGACGCUAUGGCAAUGGACAGCGGCAAGAGUUUGACGAAACUAGCCGUUGACGGCGGCAUGAGCAAUUCCAACAUUUGCAUGCAGACCCAAGCCGAUAUUAUUCAGAUCCCCGUUGAACGCCCCUCGAUGCACGAAACCACUGCCCUCGGCGCCGCAAUAGCUGCAGGCUUCGCUAUCGACAUUUGGAAGGAUUUCUCCGAACUUGAGCAUAUGAAUCGCGCUAACCGUGCCUCCUUCGGCCCAUCAAUUGGCCCCAAAGCCGGCGGCCGCAUGUAUCAAAAGUGGUCCAAGGCAGUGAAAAUGUCGCGCGGCUGGAGGGAGUUCAAUGAACCGAGAGAAGGCGAGGACACCGACGACGAAUAA